AUGAUCCGUCGCGCCCGUGUACCGCGCUCGUUUUUCGCGUCGCUCUCGCAGCGUAACCUGAUUACAGGCCCCCCACCCGACCUGCCGGCCGUGCACCACACGACGUCUACCGGCUCGCCAUUGCCCACCCCUACUCCCCUGCCUCACUUUACCCCUCACCCAUCGCUGAACCGUCUGAUGCUGCACUCGAUGGACGACCCAAGGACGGACCGUCCCCGUGACCCUCGUCAGCUGGUGUAUGUCGACGAGUCGCAGGCGGACCGCGCGGCCCGUGCAGGGAGGAUGAGCAGCCCACUCCGUCGUGGUGCGCACGAGUCGUGGUGGAACGCAGAGCAAGGGUGGUUCAACGCAGUGGCAAAGACCAUCCCAACAUACCGUGUGCUCGACGAGGAAGGUCGACCAGUCAAGGGUGCCAAGCUCCCGCAGUUGACAAAGGAGGAGGCUCUCAAGAUCUACAAGGUCAUGGCUCUGAUCCCCAUGGUCGACAACGUGCUGUACCAGUCGCAGCGCCAGGGACGAAUCUCGUUCUACAUGCAGUGUUCGGGAGAGGAGGCGGCGGUGGUUGGCAGCGCUGCCGCGAUGCGCAGCACCGACGAGGUGUUUGGUCAAUACCGCGAGCAAGCAGCAUUGCUGUACCGCGGCAUGAGCCUGUCUCGCAUGAUGGGCCAGUGCUUUGGCAACAUUGACGACGACAGCAGCAAAGGUCGCAUGAUGCCCGUGCACUACACAGCUCCCGACCUUGGCUUCCACACCAUCACUUCUCCCCUUGCUACCCAGCUUCCCCAGGCCGCCGGUGCGGCUUACGCGCUCAAGACAGACGACGCACGCCAGGGCGACUGUGUCAUCUGCUACUUUGGCGACGGUGCGGCCUCGGAAGGCGACUUCCACGCAGCGCUCAACAUGAACGCCGUGCUUGGUGGCCCAUUGGUGUGGUUCUGCCGUAACAACGGUUUCGCCAUCUCCACCCCGGUCAUUGACCAGUAUGCUGGUGACGGUAUCGCGUCGCGUGGACCCGCGUACGGUAUCGACACUAUCCGUGUGGACGGCAACGACGCUUUGGCUGUUCUUGCAGCGACGCGCGAGGCCCGUCGUCGCGCAGUGCAGGGCAAGAAGGGUGUUCUUGUCGAGGCCAUGACGUACCGUGUCGGUCACCACUCGACCUCGGAUGACUCGAGCGCGUACCGGCCGAUCGAAGAGGUCAAGGAGUGGACUGUCGUCGACAACCCGAUCUCUCGCUUCCGCGCAUGGCUCGUGACCCAGGGGUGGUGGUCCGAGGAGGAGGACAAGGCCAUGGCCGCCGCCAACAAGAAGGAGGUGUUGAAGAUCUUCAACAAGAGCGAAAAGCUGCCAAAGCCCAAGCUCGGCGAAAUGUUCAACGACGUCUGGGCGGUGCCUCGUGACGGUGCGCUGCCAGAGGUGAUCAUCGAGCAGCGUGCCGAGCUUGGCCACCUGCUGAAGAAGUACGGCGAGGCGUGGGAGCCGUGGCGCAAGGAGCUCAAGCGGUUCGUCGAACAGGGCGAGGACGUCAUGGACUGUGACAGCGGUGCUUCUAGGUAG